ACUCUUUGUGAGAAUGAACAAACAAGUCUUAGCCUUAUAUUACAUUGAAAUUCACUGAAUAUUAUCGCAACAGUUUGAAAACCUCUAAACAAGGUCGCAAUAGAAAACCUCUAAAUAAGGUCGAAAAAUGAUAAAAACAUUGUUUUUCUUCUUAUUAAUGGUUGCCAUAACUACAAUGGCUUCAGCUUGCUCAGACUAUUCACAACAAUGGUGUCAAGCAAAUCAAGCAUUGUGCACGCAGCCCUCGUUGAUUGCUUUCAUGAGUCAAUAUUGUGAACAAACAUGCAACUACUGUUCAAUACCUGGUGUUCUUCCAGUAGGAUGCGGAAAACCAUCAAUUCAAAGUAGUCGUGUAAUUGCAGGAACAACUCCAACAAAAGGCUCGUGGCCUUGGCAAGUAUUGCUUUGGCAGGGAGGAAAAGCAUUUUGUGGAGGAACACUCAUUCACAGAGAAUGGGUUCUCACUGCUGCUCAUUGUAUACACGGAAAAGAAUUCGAAGCGUCGCAAAUAUAUACAAGGACCGGAGAACACACUUUGAGUGUUAAUGAAGGAACGGAAGAAGAUAUUCCAGCAUUAAAAAUCAUAAAACAUAGAGGUUACAAUCCACAAACGCUUGACAAUGACAUAGCACUUAUUAAAUUAUCACGACCUUGUAGGCUGAGUAGUUACGUCAGCACUGCUUGUUUACCUACUGUUGAAGCUGCACCGGGGACUACAUGUUUUAUCACAGGAUGGGGUAAAAUAAGUCAUCCUGGAAGUAUGACAAACGUCUUACAGCAAGCAAAAAUGAAUGUUGUUAACCAUCAAACGUGUGAAAAUUUGAACAGAAGAACAAUACCAGUUUCUAUAACAAAAGGAAUGCUUUGCGCUGGUGACGGUGGAGCAACUCAAAUUUCUGGUUGCCAUGGCGAUAGCGGUGGUCCAUUAGUUUGCAACAGUGGCGGUAAAUGGCAGGUUUAUGGAGCUGUUAGUCAUGGAUCUGGCGAUUGCCGAUCAGACAAAACUUACACCGUCUUUGCAAAUGUUGUUUAUUUUAGAUCGUGGAUAGAUAAUGCAAUGUUACAAUAAUUUGAAAUUUUUAAAAACAAAAUUAUAAAAGUAAA